AUGUCCUCCCAAACCUACCGUGCCAUUGCUCACCGCAAACUCAAGACCCUUCAAUUUCUCAUCCCCAAAAGCUGGCUCCUCGACGCACUACUCCCACUCGACGUCCGCUCCCUUGUUUCAGAAAGCACUAUCCUGACUCGAGACGAACUCUCCAUAACUUCUUCGCACGACGUAACCUCACCCUCUUAA